UUUUAUGUUGUGUGAUCAAUGCCUGCUACGUGGGUGUUAUAAUGAUAUAUUAAAUCAUUGUUCUAUAUUUAUUUAUACUUAAGUGAAAAAUUAUAAAUAAAUGUCAAUACGUAUUUAAAUCAACAUAUUUUCCAAAAAAAAUUAUUUGAUGACCUUUUUGAAAGUGAAUUAUACCUAGAUAUACUAGAAACUAUGUCAGAAAAUAACGUAUACGGUAAUUACGUGUAACUAAAAUGAAAUCGAAUCUAAUUAUUAUCCGGAUAAAUUCAAUUGGUUUAGCUUAAUAACGUGGACCAUAGUGUCAAGAUCUGUUUGGUUUUUUCUCUGUGCAAAAGAAAGAACACGGAUGCAUGCAAUAAAUCAAGACGUAACCGAGCCUUCCACAACAUCAGCUGGAUUGUAUGGUGUGAGUGCGGACAUGGAACCAUUUACAUGUUUCCAUCCCAAUCAUUCAAGAAAGAACACCGAUAUUAUCGAAUCAGUGCAAAAUGAGGCCUAUCUGAACACAUUCUUAAGCGAAGAAUACACGAUGAACAUAAAUAGAAUACAAAGGUCCACAAUACAUCUUCAAGGUGCAAAUUUAACAAUAGAUGAUUCAAAUUUUGAAUCAAUUCAAAAACAGGAUAAGUUAGAAUUUACUUCAAAUACUGGACCAGGUUGCUUAGAUGUUACUUCUGUUAGUGCAGUAAGUUCCUUAAGAUCGGAAAAAGUUCAAACAGCAUCAGAAGGUGACUGGGAUAAAGGAACCGGUUCAGAUCGUGAAAAUGGUCGGAGAUAUUUUACUGACCAAUAUGACUAUAGUUCGAAUACUCGAAAUUUUAUUUCACGUCAUACAUCAGCUGUUCAAAAGAAAUAUCAUAUGUUUGGAAGGCGAUGUUUGCAUGAAGAAGCAACACAAAAUACAAUAGUGUAUUCCAAAAUGCAGAUUUUGAAUUCGCAAGAAUCAUUCCUUGAUUGUGAUGCACUAGUAAAUUCUGCGUUUCUAAAUUUUGAGGAACAUGAUGCUCCUAUUGGAAAUGAAAGCAAUUCAGUAGGUUUCGUUCGAGAUAACUUGGACUGUACAAGUUUUGAAUUUAAUUGCCACUUAACUCGAGAUGAAAAAAGAGCUCGAAAUCUGCAUGUUCCCAUUCCUGUUCCAGACAUAAUAAAUCUACCAAUGGAUGAAUUUAAUGAACGUUUAUCAAAAUAUGACCUAAAUGAAAAUCAAUUGUCUUUAAUACGCGACAUUAGACGAAGAGGCAAGAACAAAGUUGCAGCACAAAAUUGUCGAAAGCGAAAAUUAGAUACUAUACUUUCCCUUGAAGGUGAAGUUCAAGAAGUGCGUCGGAGAAAAGAAAAGUUGCUUAGUGAACGAUCCCUAAUUCUAACGGAAAAGAAAAGGAUAGCAAACAAAUUUUCUUCUCUACAUAAUUUAAUAUUUCAAUAUCUUCGAGAUUCUGAAGGAAAUCUGUGCUCGCCAUCAAACUUCAGUUUUCAAAUACAGCCAGAUGGUUCCAUGAUUUUACUCCCAAGAAGUAAUUCCAAGCUUAUCUGAGCGGUGGAUGCUGUAUUAUUAUUCAAACUUAUACAAUAUAUGUAACUUAACCUCUGAAAUCCUGUUAUAAAACGAAAGGUCAAUUUUCUAUACAAUAAAUAACGUGUUUACAAUUUUCUGCUUCCACAAUAAAA